UUUUUUUUGUCUCAAAAUGUCAUGAGUUUGUUUUGAAAUCGCACAAUGGACGAAAUAAAAUCAAAGUUUCGUGAUUUAAUUCAAAAGCAGCAAAAUCGAAAUAUCAAAAUACCAGCAAUGGGAUUUUCCGAAUAUUUCAUACAAAACUUAUCCAGUCCAAUCGAAACACCCACAACAACAACGAAAAUUUCCAAAUUGCCAACAGAUCGACGGCUUCCCGACCAAGAAAUUUUGGAUGCAACCGAAGAGAUUUAUUUUCAAGAAAAUGUCAAUUGCGGUGAAUACGAACUUAAGAAAUUUAACAGCACAACAUUAGAUUACGGUACCGUUGAGCAAGCAAUGAUAGUGUUAAAGCAACAGCACAAAGUGGUCUCCAAAAAAGUUUUACAAAACAUUUUGGAACAGCGAACGGCUUGCAAUGACGAAUUUUCCCAGAUCAAUGAGACUGAAAAAAUUCUAAACGAUUCGCUGGUGGUGUGUCGAAGUGCUCGAUCCUACUUGAAUUUCGCUAAAAAGAAUCUCACCACAACCAGUCUCGAAAUACUGGCGACUUACAAGAAGCGAGAAACACUGCAGGGAUUGCUGGAAACGUUGCAUACGAUCAAAAAGGUCAGAUCAUACGAGUCACAGCUGCAGCAAUUGCUGAAUGACGGCAACUAUUCGGGUGCGAUUUCAAUUCUGUUGGAGUGCAAGAAUUUGGCAGAGAAUUACAGUCAAUACCAUUGCGUCGAGGCGUUGUCGUUGAAGUUACAGGAUACGAUAAUGUUGACCGAGUUGCAGCUGGAUAAUGUACUUAAUGAGAUGACCCAAACGUUUGACACGAAAAAAUAUUCGAAACUUCAAGAAGCCUAUAAAAUGCUUGGGAAGACCAUGAUUGCAAUGGAUCAGCUCCACAUGAACUUUAUAUCGGCAAUUCAUACCAGCGCGUUCACUGUCCUGCGCCAGAACACCGAAACCAACUCCGACGAAAAGCAGAAGAUGCUGUUCGAACAAAUGUGUGAGAACGUACCAGCCGAAAAGUACAUAACAUGUCUGAUAGAAUUGUGCAAAUUCUUCUGGUCCAUACUCGUCUGUUACUAUCAAGUGACAAUGUGGCAUCAGAAUAUCCAGCUGUUUGGAAAGACCGACGAACCGAACGAUGAGUAUAUUCAGCAGAAGUUCAAAAACGGCCAAUCUCGCAUCUGGAAUGAUAUUCAGUCGAAGAUUUGCGUGUAUUUGUCUAGCAGCAAGUUGCACACAUUGAAGUACGAACAAUUCAUUCAAGUGUUGUCCGUCGUGCAACGAUUGAAAAAGGUCGGUAUUGAGUUUUGCGGCGAAAAUUCGUUGAAUUUGCUGGACAGCAUGAAAGUGCAAAGUGUGGCAUUCUUUCGACGCUAUCAUGCAGCUAGCUUGGAAGAAAUUUGUUUAUUUCUGGACAAUGAGGCUUGGAUGCCGAUAAAUUCCUUUAGCUCCGUUCUUCAAUUGCAAGAAUUUCGAUCCGUGAAAAAAUCAUUGCAACGAUACUUAAACGCUGCCGAGACAGGAGAAAAGGUGACACCGACAUUGAGCACCAAUGUAAAUAAAAAGCCGACGGAAAAUGGGGAUCUGGACAACGAAUCGUCCACACAUUCGCAAGACGGAAGUUCAGUGUAUGGGUCCUGUGGAUAUUUCUAUCGUUUUUCGGAAAAAAGUUCGCCAUUCGACGGAGGUUUCGAUGAGGCAAUGCUGGAAGAAGACAUUUUGGCCGGUAUUGCUGACGAAUCGUCUUGCUAUUUUUCGGAGGAAAGUGAAGAGGAACAGCUUGAUAGUAUGUCCAAUCGCAUCAGCAUCAAAGAAAGUUGCAAUUCAACGAACACGUCAGUCAUUGUGAACAAUUCAUCGUUGAACGUUUUGCGUUGCAUCGGACGUUACCUGCAAAUGUGUCGCUUAUUGCAUUCAAUAUCCGGCCAAAUUAUUGCUUCGAUGACCGAGCUGAUAGAUUUUUAUACCUUUGUGGUUCAUGACGUUUUCGGCAACGACUUGCCUGUUCCAAAAGAAAACUUGUACACGGAGCGAUUGUUGAAUAACCUAUCCAGGAUAUCGCAAGAUGUUGUACCCAAAGUUAAGACAUGGCCACCGCCAUUCUCCAUGAUCCAAAUGGAGCUGUGUAACACCGAAUCAUCGUACGGUCUUGUUCAACGCAUCGUUGGUGUCGAAAGCUCUAUAUCACUCGUUCAGCAGUUCAAUCAAUUGCGCAAUUAUAUGGAACAUUUGCUGCCGCCGAACGAUCGUCUUGCACUGCUUGAUUUCCUGGACACAACGACCGAAUACAUAAACGAUUUGCGAAAGCCCAUUUUCAUGUGUGUAACAGCACGAGCAAUCGAUUUGCAAAAUGUUUUGACGUCGAUGGCUAAAGUGAAAUGGGACGUUAAUCAUGUCAACGUUGAGCACAGUUCGUAUGUGGAUAACUUGAAUCGCGGCGUACAAUCAUUCCAAAUGCGAUUAUCCGAAAUCAAUGGAGUCGUUCAAGUGCCUGCAACAGCGGUAUGGGAUAGUUUGGCUCACGUAUUAACACAUACCUUAGUCGAAGGCUAUGCCAACGCAAAAAAGUGUUCAGCUGGUGGCCGGGCAUUGAUGCAAUUAGAUUUUGCCUAUUUCAUGUCCAUUUUGGAAUUGAUGUCGAACUGCAAAUUUCCGCACCAUCGCACCUAUGUCGAUGCGUACAUCAAAGCAUUCUACAUGCCAAAGGAUUUGAUGGAAGAAUGGAUUGUGGAGCAGAAACAGCGUCGCGAAUAUUCGAAUAAACAAUUGAUCAGUUUGAUCAGUGGUACGUGUGUCAACGAUAAGAAAACGCGGCAGAAAUUGUUGGCUAUUGUAGAGAACACUGUGAUUUGUGGCAGUCCAUCGUAAAAUGAACCGAAUGGAUGUUAAGCCGGAACUUUUGUUGAGCUGUUGAUUGGUAGGUUAUUGUGGUAUACAAACAUUCCUCUUUAAAUUCUGUGUCCACAAAUUCGAUUCGUUUUGAUGGCAGACAUUCCUCCACAAAUGCGAAUCUUUUUCCAAUUUUCGUGAUUAGUCUGAGUCUAAUUUUAGUAUUAUUUUUCGGAAAAAAAAAACUUAUUUGGUUUACCCUCUCACCAUGACAAGAUUUUUUUUAUGUUUUCUCUUUAUAACCUUGAAUCUCUUACUAUUCAUGUCAUUAAUGUGCAAAA